AUGGUAUGUGGUGGAUCACUUCUAAAUAAAUAUGAUGAUGAGGUGGAAGAAUUGAUUGAACAGCUGGUUGAAAAUGACAAUCAUCACAUAUGGUUGAUUCAAAAUGAGAGAAAUGUAGGACCCAAGAGAGGAAGAGUCUUGAAUGUAAAAAGUAUGGAAUCUGAAAUUGAGAGAGAUAUGACUGAUAGGCGUUUAGAGAAUGUUGAGGCAUCCUUAGGAAAGUUGACUGAUAUGAUGUAAAAUUUAUUAUCUAACCCUAUUGUUUCACAUGUUCAUAAUACUCUAUGCUCUGUGUUUUAGCAAAGGAUAUGUAGAUGGGGAAUAAAUCGACACUAGUGAAGUGAAUGCAAUGAACCAUCCACCACCUCACAACUCAUGGAAUGGGCUAGGCAAUGCAAACUUCAGCGAAGAAUCUUGACCCCCAUUUCAGCCAAGACCUUACUUCCAACAGUCCCAACCACAGCACAUGCCUCAAGGUAACUCUAAUGAACUUCUUAUGUAGAUUUUGCAUGAAAUGCAAAAGGACCAACAUGAAACAAAAGAAGUAAUACGAGGCAUGGUGAGAGAUGUGGAGCAGCUCAAGGCUGAUGUGGAGAGUCUGAAUCAAGUCGACUCUAAUGUUGAAAAUAUGAAAGGUAAAGGGAAAGAAGUGAACUGUGGUAUAGGUUGAUUUCCAACUCAGCCCUCCAUUAAUCAUCAUAAUGUUAUUUUUAUAGAAUCUCAUGCAUAUUUUCCUUUAGAAAAUCAUGAAUAGAUUCAUGUCAUAACUAAAUUAAGAAAUGGGAAAUGUUUAAUUGACCCUUAAAACAAGAAUGAAGAGGGAGAACAAGAAAAAACUUUGGAGAAAGAAGAGGAAAAAGUAGAGUUGAAAGAAAGAGAACCAACCUUGAAAAAUAUCAACUGCCUAUUCCUUUUCAAGAAGCUUUAAAAUCUACCAAACCUUUCAUCCAAAAUAGUGAACUCCUAGAGACCUUCAAGGAGACCACAAUAAUCAUUCUCUUAGAAGAAGCAAUCAAACAUAUUCCUUCAUUCUCAAAAUAUGUUAAGAAACUUUGUAUUCUCAAUAGAAAACCUAAGAGAGUCAAAUUGUCUGUAAGUGUUGGUUCUAUCGUAUUAAACUAAAUUCUAGAAAAAAGAAAGAUCCAAGUGCACCCUUAAUUACUUGUGAUAUUGGAGGAACACAUUUUUCUAAAUCUUUAUUAGAUUCUGGUGCUAAUCUCAAUCUCAUGUUGAAAACCUUAUAUGAUAAAUUUAAAUUUGGAGAUCUAGAACCAGUCCUCUUAGAAUUACAAUUUGUGGAUGGAUCUAUUAAGCAACCGUAUGGUGUAUUAAAAGAUGUGAUGAUUAAGAUAGAACAUUGCACAUUUCUUGUUGAUUUUAUUGUGACUAAUAUGAAAAUACUUGAUAAUUAGAGUAGAGCACCAAUAGUUUUAGGGAAACCAUUUUUAACCACCGCCAAAGCCAUCACGGAUUGA